AUGUAAAACCAUGGAAUAGAAUUCCUAUUUAUUAAAGGUAAUACUAAAUGUGCAGAUUCCACUUAAUUACAAUCUGUUAAAUAAUACCAUCCUAAAUUAAAUUCUCUUCGAAUGAAAGGAUUUUAGUAAUUCUUUGAUCUAAUGAUUAAAUAAUAAUAAGAUCAACAAUAAAUGAAAACAUGUUCUUAAUGCACUCCCUAAUUAUUACCAACUGUCCUUUCUUAUCCUCCAAGAAUUGAAAUACAUAAUAGAAAAUCUAGUGAAACUAAAUUAUUAAUGAAGAAAAAUUUAUUAGAAACUCUACCAGAUUCAAAUUCAUAAGAAAAAUGUAAAAAAGAAUUAAGAUUAAUUCCUUAAAAGUAAUUUUAAGUUAAAAAAACAAUAACUAACAAAAAUGAAAUAAAUAAAGAAAAUUAAGAAAUUAUUGAAUUACCAAUUAUGAUUGCAUUUACAAAUAAUAUUAAUGUUGUACCUCCUGAAAGAACAUUUUAUAAAGCAUUUAUUACAAAAGGAAAUAAUGGAACUUUAAUAAGAUAAUCUUUAAAAUUAAGACCUUGGUGGAUAUUGAUAGAUCAACCAAAUGAAGAUUUAAAUUUAUAUUGGACAUAAUUAAGAAAAUAAUAAGAAUAUGAUUCAGUAAAAUAAUUUUAAUUGGAAAAUGUUUAAUUUACAAAAUAAUAAAAAAAGUUAAUUAAUGAUAAGAUUAAAUAUAAUAUUGAAGAAUCAGAAUUUUAAUUAUUUAAUUAAAGUAGUAUUCUUAGAGUACAUAACCAUUUAGAAUGCAAUUUCUAAGUUUGUAAUAAAAAAGCAUUAUUUUACAAUAUGAAAAAUUAUUAUCUUUCUAUUAAUGAAGAUCCUUUUUAAUUUAUACCAUUAACAUAUCAUGUUAAAACAGGAUUAAAUGAUCCAGCAUUUUUAGAAUUUGAAGAAUUUGCAAAAACAAAUAAUAUUAAUGUUUGGAUAAUAAAACCAGGAGAAUCAUCAAAUCGAGGAAAUGGUAUUUAGGUAGCCAAUUCUAUAACUAAAGUUAAAUAAAUAAUUUCUCAAUAGAAUCUUCAUUUAAACAAUUCUAAAAAGACAUUCAUUAUCUAAAAAUAUCUAGAAAAACCAUUAUUAUAUAAUAAAAGAAAAUUUGAUAUUCGAUGUUAUAUGCUUAUGACAUGUGUAAAUAAUACAUUUAAAGCAUAUUGGUACUAAGAAGGAUACAUAAGGACAAGUUGUAAGGAAUUUAAUUUAGAUGAUGUUGAAGAUAAAUUUACUCAUCUCACAAAUGAUGCAGUUUAAAAGAAGAAUCAAAAUUAUGGAAAAUUUGAAACAGGAAAUAAAGUAUUUAUAUUAUUUAAUUAAUUAGAUAUCUUAUAAUGAAUUUUAAAAGUAUUUAAAUGAUCAACAUAAUUAUAACUUCUAAAUAAUACUUGAUCAAUUAAAAAAACUUAGUAUUGAUAUUGUUAAAGCAACUUAUUAACACUUAAAUCCAAAUAAACUUUUCUAUUCUUUUGAGUUAUUCGGAUUAGAUUUUAUGAUUGAUUCAGAUAUGAAACCAUGGUUGAUAGAAGUUAAUACAAAUCCUUGUUUAGAAACUUGUUGUCCAUUAUUAGCUAGAUUAAUAACUCAUUUGAUAGAGAAUACAAUUAAAAUUGCUAUUGAUCCUAUGUAUCCUCCACCACUUAGCAAAAAGAAACAUUUACAAGAAUCAAAAAAUUUAAUGGAACUGGUAUUCUCGAGUACUUUGAUAAAUGAAAGAAUUUCUUAACCUAUGAUUAAAGAAGAUGAUGAUGAACACUCUGAUGUUGAUGAAGAUAAUUGAUGAUUAUAAUAAAACUUUAAUAGUAUUUUAUUAUGUGCUAUAUUUUACUAAUUUAAGAUUAUAUAUUAUUAUAAACAGAAUAAAGAUGGUUAAAGGUAUAAUUAUUGUAAUUAUUAAGAAUAUGUAGUUUUGGUUAUAUGGUGUUUCUACAUUGCAAUUGCCACCGUUUAUUCAAUAGGUAACAUACUAUCAUUAUUAUAAUCAGUUUAUUUGAGUACUAGCAAAUUUAAUGGGACAAUGGAAUUUCCUUUACUAGGUUGGACAAUCGAUUUUUUAGAUCCUGAAUGGAGAGUACUUUAUCAAUAUCUAUAGGAAUUGUUAAUUUAUUUGCUCUGUUAUUUCUGUAAAUAUCAUAACUAAUGAAAGUCUUCAGACAUUUAUUUCGGAAAUAAAGAAUGCCAUUUUAUAUUUUUUCAGGAAUCAUAUUUGGAGGUUACUUAAGUAGAUUUGGAUUUGCUAUUAACCUUAUUUUAAUGUUUGCUAAUUUCAUUUUUGUAAAGUUAUGCAAAUAAUCAGCUAUAUUUCUAAAAAUACAUUGGAUAUUGCAUUUAAUCAUCAUUUAUCUAAUUAAUAUAUUUAAUGGUUUGAAUGAUAUAUGGGGUGAUAGUGGAAAAGAAUUUAAUUAAGCAGCCCCCAUUCCUUGGUAACACAUUUAUAUUUGGAACAUGUUAAGGAUGACAAGUUAUAAUGUUGAAGUAUAAGAAAUUAACUUAGUAGAAUAUCUGGCUUAUCUUCUUUAUCCACCUCUUUACUAUUCAGGACCUUUGAUUUAAUUUAAUGAUUGGUAAAUUCAGAUUAGGAUUAAUUUAACAGUUAUCAAAAAGCAUAAAUAUAUCAUAAAUGGUUUAAUUUUAUUGUCAUUAUAAAUAUUAACAUAAUGUUAUUCAGUAACUAAUCAUAAAGAAAAUGAAUGGCUUUGGGAUAAAUAAAUUACAACACUUUCUGGUGUUUCAUUCUUUGUAACCUCAGCAAUUUAAAUCUAUUUUAGAUUUAUCUUUUUGUGGGCAUUAUAAGAAUGUUGGGCAAGUUAUGAUGAUAUAGAUAUUUAAACAAACAAUCCAAAACAUAUGUUUAUGAUUAAUUCAGCAAAAUCAUUUGAAAAAUACUUUUGUGCUACUUACAAAAAUUUUCUAGAGAAGUAUGUUAAAGAUAUUUUCUCAUAAAAUAUUAACUUGAAUUUACUCCUUAUAUAUAGUAUAACCAUAUUACUUGUUAAUUCUGAUUUUAAAACUAUUUGGUUUUAUAUAACUUUAUUCUUAUUUCACUUAUUUGAAGAUAAAAUUUAAUUUUAAAAUAAAUUAUUCAACAUUACAAUACGAUCUAUUUAAUAAUGUAUAAUCUUAUUAGAAAUUAUAAUUAUGUACACAUCAGAUAUAGAUAUUAUAUGGAUCUAUGUAAAACAAAAAAAUUUAUGUAUCAAUUUAAUGAAUAUAAAAAGACUGGAUUCCAUUAAUCUUUGGAACAUGCUUAUUAACAUAGAUAUAUCUUUCAUUAACAAAAUAAAUAUCAUGA